AUGCGUCCUAAAUCCCUGCAAUUAGUGUUGUUGCUAUUCCUGGGUGUGUUGCUUGUCAGCACUUCUUCUCUUGGUGUUGAUCACCACAGAUCAAUACACGAGCCACUUCCUUUGGAAGCAGCAAACUCCUUUGAACAAGUGUCUCUGCCAGUGCCAGGUGGCAAACAUCUCAUAGGACCAAAGAGAAAGCUUGCAAACCAAGAGUACAGGCGCCGACCACCCGGAUAUCCGGCUCCAGAACCAAGGCACAGGCCAUCACCACCACCUCCAGCCCCACCUCCCCUGCCAAUUCUCAAUCCCCCACCGCCCCCAAGACGCGGCCGGAGGCCACCACCCCCAAACCUCUACCCGCCACCUCCCCUGCCAAUUCUCAAUCCCCCACCGCCCCCAAGACGCGGCCGGAGGCCACCACCCCCAGAUCUCUACCCGCCACCUCCCCUGCCAAUUCUCAAUCCCCCACCACCCCCAAGACGCCGGAGGCCACCACCCCAAAUACCCAGCCCUGGCAGUGGUAGCUAA